AUGUCUUCAGACACAGUCACAUUCACAGCGCCUCUCUCGCAGGGGUUUGGCUAUGGAAUCAUUAUUGGUCUAGGGUUUGCCUUUGCCCUGCUUAUGAUUUUCAUCACCUGGGCUUUGAAGCGAUACCAGAAUGAAGUGCAGACAUCGGAAAUGUUCUCAACGGCCGGAAGAUCAGUCAAGUCGGGCUUGGUUGCUGCGGCAGUCUCGACCACCGUGGCCUACGAAUAUGGCAUCUCGGGUCCUUUCUUCUACGCAUCAGGUGCUACGGUCCAGAUCAUCUUGUUCGCUACCCUGGCCAUUGAGCUCAAACGGAGGGCUCCAAAUGCGCAUACCUUCCUCGAAGCUCUGCGUGCUCGAUAUGGAACCGUCGUGCAUGUUGUUUUCAUCGUCUUCUGCCUGAUGACCAACAUUCUCGUUACCGCCAUGCUGCUGACUGGUGGUUCUGCCGUCUUGACGUCUCUCACGGGGGUUAAUACAGUUGCUGCCUGUUUCCUCCUGCCGAUUGGUGUCGUGCUCUAUACCCUAUUCGGUGGUAUCAAGGCGACGUUCAUCACGGACUACAUGCACACCGUCGUGAUCAUUGUCGUCAUCUUCAUCUUCGCAUUCUCUGCCUAUGCGACUAGCGACAAGCUUGGAUCUCCCGGAGCCGUCUAUGAUGCACUAGUAGCAGCAUCAAAGCUUCACCCAGUUGACGGUAAUGCUGAGGGAAGCUAUCUGACCAUGAGGUCAAAGGAGGGUGGCAUCUUCUGGAUUAUCAACCUGGUCGGCAACUUUGGCACCGUCUUCCUCGACAACGGCUACUACAACAAAGCCAUUGCCGCGAGCCCCGUGCACGCUUUCCCUGGAUAUGUCAUUGGUGGUCUUUGCUGGUUCGCGAUUCCCUGGCUGUGCGCCAGCACUUUGGGUAUGACUGCUCUCUCCUUGGAGGGCACUCAACGCUUGAGCUCCGACGACGUCACAGCCGGUCUCGUACUGCCCUUUGCUGCCGUCAAGCUUCUCGGCUACAGCGGCGCAGUUUGCACGACAAUCAUGAUCUUCAUGGCAGUCACUUCUGCUUUCUCCGCCCAGUUGAUUGCCGUUUCAUCCAUUUUCACCUACGAUAUCUACCAGGCCUACAUCGACCCAUCUGCCAAGGGCAAGCGUCUCGUCUGGGUCUCGCACAUGACCUGUGUGUUCUGGGCCAUCGCCAUGGCCGGCUUCUCCACCGGUCUCUACUACGCUGGUAUUGGAAUGGGUUAUCUCUACCUGUUGAUGGGCGUGAUCAUCUCCUCUGCAGUCUUCCCCGGCGCCAUGUCCCUCAUCUGGAAGCACCAGAACUGGAUCGCAGCAGCCGCCUCGCCGCCCCUCGGUCUCGCCGUCUCCCUUAUCGCUUGGCUCGUGACAACCAAGAAACAAUACGGCAUCCUGACAGUCACUACGACAGGCGCAAACUACCCAAUGCUCGCCGGCAACGUCGCCGCCCUCCUCAGUCCCGUCGUCUUCUCCCCGAUCCUCACCCUCAUCUUCGGCUCUCAAAACUACGACUACGGCACCAUGCGCGCCAUCCGCCGCGUCGACGACGCCGACGUCGCCGCCGCGGCGCACAUCGACAUCGAACUCAUCCCUGGCGAAAUCAAUACCCAGUCCGCCGCCCAGGAGGAGGAAGAAACGCGCAAACUCAACCGCGCUGCUCUUUACUCCCGCACAUUGACCAUCUUCAUGGUCCUCUGCUUCCUUAUUCUCUGGCCCAUCCCUAUGUACGGCAGCUCGUAUGUCUUCAGCAAGAAGUUCUUUACCGGUUGGGUCGUUGUCGGCCUGAUUUGGCUGUUCUGUACCACUUUUGGCGUGGUUAUUUUCCCGCUAUAUGAGGGUCGGGAAAGUAUCGUGAGGACGGUGAGGAUGAUGGCGUUGGAUAUUACGGGGAAGAGGGGAAGAAGAAAGGGGAUGAUUGUGGGGGAGAUGACGAGUGGGGAUGUUUCCGGGGUGCAGACGCCUGUGAUGGAGAAGAAGGAGGUUUUGGAGAAGUAA